AUGUCAGACAACGAGGGACAGGUCGCAUCGGAUAACAACCGUCCAACCCACACGCUCAACUCGACUGGUGCACGCCAAAAGGAAAAUGUCGACUCGCCAGAUGCACAAUCCGGUGGUGCAAAGGAGUGGGAGUCAUUUGGAAGGGCCUCGCGACGCCCUAGCUUUUUGGAUAAUUUAGCAGAGUCCCGGGAUUCACAGUUUCAUGUUGAAGACAGGAGUGAAAUAGAAAGAUACUUUCACGGGCCCCGGAAUAUGACCCAACACUCCAAAUGGCCAAUUGUUAUGAGAAUACAAGGCAGUAUAAUGCCUCAACUGAUCAUACCUUUGUUGAUUGUCGGAGGCUGGGCAACCCUCAUUACUUGCAUGUCUCAUUUCUAUCACGAUCUCGGAAUCAACAAUAUUUUACUUACCGUACUCGGAUUCCUGGUUGGCCUGUCAUUGUCAUUCCGUGGCUCAACUGCCUAUGAAAGAUGGGCAGAUGGACGAAAAUACUGGGCCUCCCUUGUCCAAACCUCGCGCAAUUUAGCACGCAUUAUUUGGGUGCAUAUUGAUGAAAGAGAAGAAGAGGGAAAUGUAGACCUCCUAAGAAAGCUAUCUGCUCUCAAUUUGAUUCUCGCAUUCGCGGUGGCUCUAAAACACAAACUUCGAUUUGAACCAGACGUUGCAUACGAAGACCUGGCAGGACUAAUCGGCCAUCUAGAUACGUUUGCCCUUGAUGCCCACGAUCGGGAAACGUUGAAUCCCCACCAAAAGACACCAUGGAAGUCAAUGGGUGAAUAUCUGAGCCUGUCAUUUGCCAAAUCAAACCCGCGAAAAUUGAUCAAGCGUUCAAAAAAGCCACUUGGGCAUCUUCCGGUUGAGAUUCUUGUCCAUUUAUCAUCCUACGUUGAUUCCUGUGUCAAGAAUGGCACGCUUUCCCUGGCUCAAUUCCAGGGUCAAACAAUGACAUUAAUUGCCUCACUCAAUGAGAUUUUGACUGGAACAGAGAGGGUACUUGAUACGCCUCUUCCUGCUGCUUAUAGCAUUGCUAUCGCUCAGAUAUCCUGGAUAUACGUCAUGCUACUUCCUUUCCAACUUUAUAAAUUUUUGGACUGGACUACUAUACCUGCCUCCAUGGUUGCUGCAUAUAUUAUCAUUGGUCUUCUCACAAUCGGUAGUGAGAUCGAGAAUCCUUUUGGCCAUGACGUGAAUGAUCUCCCACUGACGUCGUACUGUCGCCAAAUUGCAAAAGAGCUCGAUAUAAUUACUGCGAGCACAGCCCCAGAUGUUGAAGAGUUUAUGACACGCCCGGAAAAUCUUGUUCUGUUUCCACUUAGUCAGGCUGGAUAUCCCACAUGGAAAAAUAGAAGCAGAGAGGACAUUCGAGCCGCUCUGCGUGCCAAGUUCGUCGCAAACCCAAACCGAAACCCUGCUAUAGCCGGUUCAAAUCGCUCUACAAGGACGAUGAGCUUUUCUACAAGGCAGAUUGUGGAAUCAGUUUGA